CUUCCUCUUCCCGCAGUCACUGCUGCUGCUGCUUCAGCCUUGCCGCGUGCACCAUGCAGCCCCCUCGUCUCCUCCUCUUCCUCUUUCUCCCCCUCCUCCUCCCUGGGAUGUGGGCAGACCCAGAGGCAGAGCCACAGGUUUUACAGCUGCUCCAGACCAGUUUUAUCACCAACUUCAGCUCUGCUGAGAUGUCCGGGGUUGCUCUGCUGGGGGACGUGCCCAUCUUUGCACUGGAUCCUGCCAACUGGAGCAUCCACUUCCACUGGCCCUGGGCCCGCCAGGCCACAGCCGAGGGUGAUGCAGAGAAGAUCAAAUCCCACUCAAAACUCUUUCUGCGCAACAUGGUCCGAUACGUGCACGAAAUGGCCCAGCAGGCGCAACAUGACUAUCCAUUGGUGGUCCAGAUCCGUGCGGGCUGUGUGCUGCACCCCAAUAGGACAAGCUGGGGCUUCAUGGAUGUCGGAGGGGGUGGCAGAGACCUCAUAGCUUUUGAGAUGGAGAGGCAGCGCUGGGAGCCCCGGCAGCCAUCCCCACUAGCUGAGCUUGUCAGCAAGUCCCUCACCAGCAAGAAGGCCAUCACAGCGGUCCUGGAGCACCUCCUCUCCAUUUCCUGCCAAAGCUACAUCCUCACCCUGUGCCGGUACGGGAGGGCUGAUCUGGAGAGACAAGAGCCACCCGUUGCCACGGUCUUCGCCCGCAUGCCCAAACCAGACCAGCUCCUGCUGGUUUGCCGCGUCACUGGCUUCUACCCACGGCCCAUCAGCGUGGCCUGGCUGCAGGAUGGCCAGGAGGUGCCGCCAGGCCCAGCGCUCAACACCAGCGCCAUCCUGCCCAACGCCGACCUCACCUACCAGCUCCGCAGCAUCCUGGCCGUGGCCCCCCACGACGGGCACAGCUACGCUUGCCGCGUGCGCCACCGCAGCCUGGGCACCCGCAGCCUCCUCAUCCCAUGGGAAAACCACAGCAUAGCUCCAACUGUCGGCAUCGCCAUCGCAGUGCUGCUCCUCGUGGCCACAGCCUCUGCUGGGGGGGUUUGGUGGUGGAAGCGCAGGAAAGGUGAAGAGGCCACGUGGGAGAUCCAGGAAUUCAUCAUUUGAGGCCUGACUGCCCGCCUGGCAACAAGCUCUCUCGCUACCAGCUCUCCCUGCUCAUCUCAUGUCCCAUCCCUGACCCAUCAGCACUGACAGGGGUUUGCUGUGGAAAACCACAGCAUUAAACAGCUACGAACCUCCCAA